CUUACCUGGAGGCGUGCACGAUGAUCACCUUCAUGGUCAGCAUGUGGUACUUCCUCAUGGCCAUAUUCAACCUCGGCGAACCCCUCGCCAUGCUAUUGGCGGAUCCCGUCAUCAGCGGUUUCGUGACAGCCAGUGCUCUCCUUGUGGCCAACUCCCAGCUUUGGGAGGUCCGCGAUACCAUUAACUGGUGGUCGGUGACUAUGGGGGUGGGCUCGAUGCUGGUUUACUUUGCCCUGCGGCGGGGCAACGCGUACAUCAAGAGCAGGGGGGUGGCCGGCUUCUUCGUCCCCGAGGCCCUCACGGUGGUCAUCCUCUCCACCUUCGUGUCGUGGGCAUUCGACCUGGAAGGGACUCAAGACGUGGCCAUUGUGGGCACGAUCCCUCCGGGUCUCCCUGCUCCCAAGUUCCCUAGGCUGGACAAGCUCACCACCUUCGCCCAGGUGGAGGACAUGGCGGGCGUGGCCCUGGUGGCAGCGCUGGUUUCCUUCAUCAUCACGCACUCCAUCGCGAAGAGCCUUGCGGGGGCACAAGAGAUCAAGGCGACGCCGCAGCUGCUCGCCUUUGGAGUUGCCAAUCUCGCCGGGUCCAUCUUCUCCGCCCUGCCUGGUUCGGCGUCUCUCAGUCGAGCGGCCAUCAUCGACGCGCUCGGCGCCCGCACCAUCAUCCACAACGUCUUCACCUUCGUCCUCAUGACGCUGGUGCUGUUGUUCCUCAGCCCGCUUCUGAAGUUCCUCCCCACUUCGGUGCUGGCGGCGACAAUCUACGCCGUGAUCUACAAGUUUUUCCACUUCGACGAGCCUUUCAAGCUGUACCGCGUGGGAGUCUCGGACACCGUCAUGUGGCUGGCCACUUUCGCCGCCACCAUGCUGCUGAGCGUGAGGGACGGGAUAGUCGUGGGCAUGGCCGUCAGCGCCUUCACGCUGAUCCAAAGGUCAUCCUCUCCUUUGGUGAUGCACAUGGGCCUCCUUCCGGGAACCACUCUCUACCGGGACAUGAAGACCUACCCUGACGCGCAGCGCCAGCCCGGGGUGGAGGUGAUUCGCUUCGGCGCUUCCCUGACGUUCGCCAACAAGGACGUCUUCCGCCGUGCGGUGAUCAAGGUGGUGGAGAAGGCGGACGCCGAACGCCGCGUGGCGGAGUCGCAAGGCAAGCCGGCAAAGGUUGCUCUCCAGUACGUGAUUUUAGACAGCAGCAGCAUCCACGACCUCGACUCCAGCUCCUUGAAGACGCUGGAGGGACUCGUGGCUCUGCUGGUCGACAGAGAUCCUCCGAUAGAAAUGUUCCUCGCUCCCGUCAGCGACCCGCUCAUGGUGCAGGAAAGUUUUCGGGUGGUUCGCGAACUCAGCCCCAAGCAGCCAUUCCUCGCAAGGCUGGUAUUGUCAUUCACUGUCGAUGCUGUUGCUACUCCCGGUGACGGUGCGGCCGUUUAUGCCGUGUGUUUCCGCCGUUGCCACGGCCGCUCUAGAUUGGUGUCCGUUGUGUACGCACGUUCCACGGAAUCAUUCGUUCGUUAUAGCUCUGCCUCACAACACAGUCAGCCAGGAACAGGCAAGAAGAGAGGGGGUUGGUGGAGCCACGGAGUGAAGCGUAAGCUUAAGAAAACAGCGAUAGGAGCCUCCUCCAAAAUAUACCGCGAUGACUUCCACCCGAAACUUUUUUUUUUGUUUUUCAAGGAGUGCUGCUCUAAAUGCCAAUGCACCCCCGGCUUCAUUCUGCGCAAGUCCCCGCUGCUGUGCGCGACGCUAGGGCGGAGGUACUUCCUCUCGACCGCCACCGCCGUCACCUACGCGCUGCAGCAGGUCGCGGCAGGCCAGCUGGUUGCCUCCGCGAGCCUGUACCACAAGGUGAUGAGCUCGAUCAGCCUUGGCAACCUCGACGAGGGGGACCUGGGUGACAUCUAGCUAACUCACUCUUGUGGUGGAGUAUCAAGGUUCUGGACGACGCGUAUCGGGCUGGAACCUCUCUGAU